UGUGGGAACGACCAUGCUGACACCUGUAGACUCCGAGGUAGCUUUCACAUCCAGUCCUUGGCCCACAGUGGCCAUCCUGGCCAGCUAUCUGCUGUUCGUGCUGAAGGUGGGUCCGUGGCUAAUGGCAGAUCGGAAGCCCUUCGAUUUGCGUGGCUUCAUUAAGGCAUACAAUAUCUUCCAGAUACUGUACAAUGGCAGUGUAGCCAUAAGCACUUCAUACAUCCUCUUUGUGCUGAAGCCUUACGAUCUGACUUGCCCCAUCACAUUGCCACAAGAUAAUUGGCUCAAGGGUGCGGAGCGUUUCUUGAGUAAUGCUUAUAUCAUCAACAAGUUCGUGGAUCUGCUCGAGACAGUGAUCUUUGUGCUGCGCAAAAAGGAUCGGCAGGUGUCCUUCCUGCAUCUCUUCCAUCACAUUGCCAUGGUCCUCUACGUAUACAUCUACGGAACCCUUUACGGCCCCGGUGGCUCCGUUUCUCUGAUGAUGCUAAUGAACGUGAUAGUGCACACGAUUAUGUACAUCUACUACUUCCUGUCGUCCAUCAGCCCGGCGGUGCAGGCGAGUCUCUGGUGGAAGAAGUACAUCACCAUCGCUCAGCUGAUCCAGUUCGCCGGUAUGAUGAUGUAUUGCAUCCUAAUCCUGUCACAGCCUGACUGCCAGGCGCCCCGUCCUGUGGCUUAUGUAGCCGGUUCUUUGUCCGCAACCUUUGCUGUUAUGUUUGGUAAAUUUUACUACCGGACGUACGUAGUGAAAACCCGGAAGAAGGUCUAGAGUCUAGACUGUAUCUAUUAAACCCAAUAAAAAUAAUUAAUAAUUAUUAAUUUUUCAAUACUCAA